GUAUAUAUAAAUAUAAUAUAAAACUUUGCAUUCUCAAUAUCAAAUCCCUACACACAUAAACUGAGUUUAACUUAUCUUUUCCCAGCCCAAAAAAAUGAGUGACUCAAAGAAUGAAGCCACUGCAAACAAUGGCCAAUAUGGCUCUUCAGAUCAGAUGAAACGUGAGACUGAGCUGGAAUUAUCCCCAGAAGAGGAAGAUAUCGUUGCAAAAAUGUUUAGAUUGGUUGGAAAAAGAUGGCAUCUCAUUGCUGGGAGAAUCCCUGGAAGAACUGCAGAAGAUAUUGAAAAGUAUUGGACUUCAAAAUUCUCUUCAUCAUCAACUGCAUGUUAAAUGCUGCUUCUUCUUCUGUACCAUCUAAGUUUCUUAUGAUUUUUAUUGAUGGAUAUCUAUGUAUGGUUAGAGAAAUAUUUUCUAAAAAUAAAGAUCCCUACGGGCUACAUUUUAUCAAUAAAUAUGCAUGGGUAAUAAAAUCUCUUGAUUUAUUUAUUAA